AUCUCUCUUCCUGUCCGCCUCCAUCAGCCAGACGGAGCCGACCAUACCGGCGAUGUUUCCCAAAGCAGUUCCCUGCUGGUCGGUCAGGCCCUUAGAAAACCAGUUAACCCAGUUAAAACAAGACGAUGCCACAGAACUGCCGCCCCGAACAACGCGGAACGAAUGUUAGUGAGACGAUAGACUUGGUGGAAUGUGACGGCUCUUCCAUUACUGUGUCUUGCUCGGAGGAGCUCGUCCAAAGCGUGGAAACCACUCUGAGGAGCCUCACUGAGGAAGAGCUGGAGAAACUGAAGAAUGAUCUCAGCUUGGUGUCGGAUUUUAAGCAACAAAAGCUGGAAAAAGAAGCUCAGAAAAACUGGGACCUGUUCUACAAAAGAAACACAGUUAAUUUUUUCAAAGACAGACAUUGGACCACCAGAGAAUUUGAAGAACUAAGGGGAUGCCGAGAGUCUGAGAACCAGAAGCUGGUUUUGCUGGAAGCUGGAUGCGGGGUGGGGAACUGUAUAUUCCCACUUCUGGAGGAGGAACGCAACAUUUUUGUGUACGCCUGUGAUUUUUCACCGCGAGCAGUCGACUUUGUGAAAAAAAACCCUCUGUACCAUGAGAAAUGCUGCAAGGCCUUUCAGUGUGACCUGACGAAAGACGACCUGGCAGCCAGCAUCCCUGAGGGAAGCGUGGAUGUGGCGACGCUUAUAUUUGUGCUGUCUGCCAUCCACCCAGAGAAGAUGCUUUUGGCCCUGGGGAACAUAUUCAAGGUGCUGAAACCAGGCGGCGUGAUCCUGUUCAGAGACUAUGGCCUAUAUGACCACGCCAUGCUCCGGUUCAAACCGGGGAGCAAGCUGGGGGAGAAUUUCUAUGUGCGGCAAGAUGGAACAAGGUCCUUUUUUUUCUCCAAAGAGCGAUUGGCCGAGCUGUUUGCCGGUGCUGGGUUCCUCACCUCUGUGAAUGAGUAUGUGCUGCGCGAAACCGUCAAUAAGAAGGAGGGCCUGUGUGUGCCUCGAGUUUUCCUGCAAAGCAAGUUCUGGAAGCCAAGCCGAUGACCAAUGAGCAUCUGGAACCUGAGAGGAACACAGAGACUCCGCCCUAUUAGCGCACCCCUUUGACCUCACACCAUGUGGAAUCAUUUAUUUGGCUGUAACAGCUGAAAUAAAUGAGUUUACUCACCAGUUUUGCCCCAAACCAUAAAGCAGAUGAAAACUUCUUUCCUCCUUUCGUUUUACGAGUCAGAGUAUUUUAAGAAUUUAAAGUUCUGUUUCAGAAUGCUGCAAAUUGUUUUAUCAAUGAAAUGUUUUGAACUUUUUGUUUACUGUUUUUCAAAUAAACAAUUGAAUUUUGAAAAUGA